GACGCCAACGAGCCGACCUUCGUGGCUGCGUUGAGCAAGGUCAGCGCGGUGGCUGCUGGCGAGGACCAUUCGGCUGCUAUCACGCCUGGAGGUGAGCUCUACACAUGGGGCAAUGCAGAAUGUGGCAAACUGGGACAUGGCUCAAGCAUGAUCCGCAGCUCCAUGGGUUUCCCAAAGCAGGUGAAGAUCGAGAGCUGCAUGAAGUCAGUAAGCUGUGGGGCCACCCACACAGCAGUGAUUUGCAGCAAUGGGGAGCUAUUCACUUGCGGGGCGGGCUGGUUCGGCCGCCUGGGCCAUGGGGACAUGGACAAUCAAUACUCCCUGAAGCUGGUGCAGACUGUGAUGCCAGAUUUGGGAACAACAGCUGAGUGUCCCAGAUUUGCACAGCUGACCUGCGGCUCCUUCCAUACCUGUGUGCUAGAUGAGAGGUCGAUGUUAUGGGUCUUCGGUCGUGACUACACAGUCUGCGAAGAGGAUCACAUCAAGACUCCACUGCUUUUCAAGAAGAUCGAGGACGGUUCUGAGGUUCUGUCGGUGGCUGCUGGGAGCAACCACACUCUUUGCAUCACUGCCCAGGGCAGCAUGUGGGGCUGGGGUAAAGGAUCCGCGGAUCAAGCUGGUCCUACUUUAGUCUCUAGUAAAGGCUGGGGUUCAGGAAAGCCAGAACUCAUAGCUACAGCUUGUGGUUAUGCACAUUCCCUGGCGGCCACAGAUGCCGGGGAGCUUUGGGCUUGGGGUCUGCAAAGUGGAGGGCGCCUGGCCCUGAAAAGUCCCUACGAGGGAAAGUUCUGCCCGACACCUCACAAAGUGUAUCCGUCCUGGAAGCUGCUGGAGAAACCGGUGGAGAAAGCCAAGGCAUGA